AUGGAGAAAUUCUGCUCUAUCUGGAAGCACACAUGUUGGGAUGGGGUCGGUGAUGACUUGCACUACAAAAUCAUCGGGGGAAGCCAGAAGUUCACAUGGCUCUCCAGUUCCAAAACCUCCUCCCAGCGCAGGCUGCUGACGGUGGUGCUGCAGGGCGCCGCGGGCGUGGGGAAAACCACGCUGGCCAAGAAGUGGAUGCUGGACUGGGCACAGGACCACCUCCCGGGGACAUUCCACUCCGCCUUCUACCUCAGCUGCAAGGAGCUGGGCCGCCAGGGCCCCUGCACUUUCGCGGAGCUCCUGGCUAAGAAGUGUCCAGAUGCGCAUGAGGCCGGCCCCCAGGUCCUGGCCCAGGGGCAGAAGAUCCUGGUGGUCAUCGACGGCUUCAACGAGCUCAGAGUGCCCUUGGGGUCCCUCAUCCAUGACAUCUGUGGCGACUGGGAGAAGCCAAAGCCCGUGCCCGUCCUGCUGGGCAGUUUGCUGAAGAGAAAGCUGCUGCCCAAGGCCACGCUGCUGGUCACCACGCGCCCGGAGGCCCUGGGGGAGCUGCGGCUCCUGGUGGACCAGCCGCUGUUCAUCGAGGUGGAGGGCUUCCUGGAGGCGGACCGCAGGGGCUACUUCCUGAAGCACUUUGAGCAGCAGGACCAGGCCCUCCGUGCCUUCGAGAGCAUGAAGGGCAGCCCGGCGCUGUUCCACAUGGGCGCGGCGCCCGCCGUGUGCUGGGUCGUGUGCACGUGUCUGAAGGGGCAGCUGGAGAAGGGGGAGGACCUGGCCCCCACCUGCCGGACCCCCACCUCGCUGUUCCUGCGCUUCCUGUGCAACCAGUGCUCCCCAGCGGCCCCUGGCAGGGGCCCCGUUCUGCACCUCCCCACUGCGCUCCAGGCUCUGAGCCUCCUGGCCGCCUGGGGCGUCUGGGCGCAGAUGUCCCUGUUCGAUGGCGAAGACCUCGGGCAGCUGGGGGUCAGCGAGUCCGACCUGCGACCUUUCCUGGACGGCAAGGUCCUGCAGGCGGACGUGGACUGCGAGGGCUGCUACGCCUUCCUACACCUCAGCGUCCAGCAGUUCCUGGCCGCCCUGUUCUACCUGCUGGACCGCGCAGAGCGAGAGGACGCGGGCGGCUGGGCACCGGACAUCGGGAACGUGCGCGCGCUGCUGUCCAAGGAGGAGCGGCUGCUCAACCCCAGCCUGACCCCCGUGGGCUACUUCCUGUUCGGCCUCGCCAACCAGGAGAGGGCCCGGGAGCUGGAGGCCGCCUUCGGCUGCCGAGUGUCCCUGGAUGUCAGGCAGGAGCUGCUGAGAGUGAUGCGCAGCAGGGACUGGCCCUUCUCCUCCAGGGCGGACACCCGGGAGCUGAUGCGCUGCCUCUAUGAGUCUCAAGAGGAGGCGCUGGUGAGGGAGGCCCUGGCGCCCAUCACGGAGCUGGCCCUGCACCUGCAGAGUGAGAGGGACCUCGUGCACGCGUCCUUCUGCCUCAGGCACGGCCAGGCCCUGCGCAGGCUCUGGCUGCAGGUGGAGAAGGGGAUCUUCCUGGAGAAUGACGGGGCCUCGGAGCCAGGCACGUGGGCGGAGCGGUCCCAGCAAGACCAUCGUGCUCUUUGUCGCUGGACGGAGCUCUGCUCUGUGCUGAGCUCUAACGAGAACCUGAUGUUUCUGGAAGUGAGUCAGAGCUUCCUGAGUCACUCCUCGGUGAGGAUUCUGUGUGAGCAGAUAACCCGCGUCACCUGUAACGUCCAGAAGGUGGUGAUUAAAAACGUCUCCCCGGUCCACACCUAUCGGGACUUCUGUCUGGCUUUGGUUGGUAAGAAGACCCUGACGCACCUGAUCCUGGAAGGCGGCGUCCCCUGUGACAACAUGCUGCUGCUGCUGCUGUGCGAGGCCCUAAAGCACCGGAGGUGCAACUUGCAGUAUCUCAGGUUGGGGUCUUGUUCUGAUUUCACUCAGCAUUUGAACGACUUCUCCUUGGCCCUCAAAGUCAACCAGUCCCUGCAAUCUCUGGACCUCACAGCCAGUGAGCUCGGGGAUGAGGGGGUCAAGUUGCUGUGUGGGAGUAUGAGGCACCCAAAUUGCUUCCUACAGUGGUUGUCGUUGGAAAACUGUCACCUGACGGAAGUCUGUUGCAAGGAGCUCACCUCCACUUUGAUUGUCAACCAGAGGCUGACACACCUGUGCUUGGCCAAGAACAACCUUGGAGAUGGUGGGGUGAGACUGCUGAGCGAGGGUUUGAGUUACCCGGAAUGUCAGCUACAGACCCUGGUGUUGUGUCAGUGCAGCAUAACCAGACGCGGCUGCAAGCACAUCUCCGACUUUCUCCAAGGAGACUCCUGCCUGACCCUCUCGGACCUGAGUCUCAACCCCAUAGCGACUGGGUUGUGGUUUCUCUGUGAGGCGUUGAAGAAGCCGAGUUGCAACCUCAAAUGCCUGGGGCUCUGUGGCUGCUCCCUCCCAUCUUUCUGCUGGCAGGACCUGGCGUCUGCCCUGGCCAGCAACCAGAGGCUGGAGGUCCUGGACCUGGGCCAGAACUCCUUGGGGCAGAGCGGGGUCACCGUGCUCUUCGAGGCCCUGAAGCAGAGAUCCAGCCCUUUGAAGAGGCUCCGAGUAGACCCCUCGGAAAUUCAGUUCAGCAGGCACUCCAACCCAUCCAGUUCAAUGGAAAGCGUGUUCUCUACACUACAAAAAGACAGUCCAUUAGGAUGUAUCCUCAAGAAUUGGGAUAAGUUUGACCCACAGACCUUAAGACGAAAGCGCCUGAUUUUUUUCUGCACUCAGGCUGUCCCAGACAUCGGGAGAAAAUUGCAGAAAUUGGCUAUUAGUCCCAAGAAUACUUUAGAGAAUCUCCUGAAGAUUGCCGCCUCUGUGUUCUAUAAUAGAGACCUGGAGGAGGAAAAGAGGAGAAACAAGAGAGACCAGACUAAGGCUACAGAAAUAGAGAAGAUCAUAGUCGGCAGCAUCGACUCCUGGAUACAUCUGUCUCGAGUAAAGCUUUGGACACCAGCCCAGGAGGAGGAUGAAGCUGCAUUACCUUCAACUGAGUCACCAAAUUCCUAUUUGUGUGAACCUCUAGAGGACCUGAAACUUCUCUUUCAAAGGGAUCCUGAAGAGUCAAUAAAAAGGCCCAAGGAGGCGUUGGCUAAGUAUACUAACAUUAUCCCAGAUUCAAAAUUCGGACAACUAAUUUUAAAGAACAAAUUUAUCACUCAGGCUGUCCCAGACAUCGGGAGAAAAUUGCAGAAAUUGGCUAUUAGUCCCAAGAAUACUUUAGAGAAUCUCCUGAAGAUUGCCGCCUCUGUGUUCUAUAAUAGAGACCUGGAGGAGGAAAAGAGGAGAAACAAGAGAGACCAGACUAAGGCUACAGAAAUAGAGAAGAUCAUAGUAGCCAGGCUUUGGGAAAGCAGAAGCCCCCAGUCAGAGCCCAGAGGCAAACGGUCAGUCCCAGUCACCUGCUACAACUGUAGACAGGGUGGACUUAUGCACCGGAAUUGCCCCAAGAGGCAUAUUAGACCCCUGAAGCCCUGUCCUGUCUGCCAAGGAAACCACUGGAAGUCGGACUGCCCCCAGAGACUGAGGUCCCUUGGGGUGGGGCUGGCGACCAGUUGGCCCAAUAGGACUUACGGGGCCCAGAGUCUCCCAACCUGGCUCCUCAGAGGACUGCCAUCUCCACCCAGGAGCCCGGGGUAA